UGUCAGGUCUGUGUGAACACACAACACCGCCUCCGUCAUUCCUUCUCUUCCCCACGGAGGAGCGAGACACAUUCCUGCAGCGAAUUCUCCUCCUUCUCCAUCUACCAUCGUGGUGGAGUCGACCUUGUUUUGUUUUGAGGGUUUUUUUCCUCCUCGUCACUGCGUGGACCACAAGGAGACAUUUAUCUGGUUUAUUUUUUUUUAUUUGUUCUGGUCAAACAAACAUGUGCGUGAACGGCGCGUGCGGAGCGGAGAGCGGACAGAGUCGGAGGAACGGGACGGAUGAAGGGCAGAGAGACGACAGGUGGAUCCGGACAGAGUCGGGCUCUCCGCGGGUCUCCUCGUGAGCUCAGCGUGGGGGACGUGAAUAUUUCAUGGACGCGGUGUGUGUAUUACGGUCAGACCUGCUGCUGAAACGGCCUCAGGCUGGAUCAUCUGAUUAGAAGCCAAUAAUUUCACAACCAGUCUCCAUUUACUAACUCCACUCUGCUCCCAUAUGAUUUAUAAAUGAUUUAUAUUCAUAUUUAUGAUGGGACUGUUGCAUGACUUUCUCUGAUUUUCCAAGUAAAUGUGGAGAAUAUGGCACAUGUUGACCAUUAUUUUUCAUUAACUUCCAGUUAAUUUUUGCAGGAAACUAAAUUGCUUUCCUUAAAUAUUGUUGCAGCAGCUAGUGGAGCAUCAAUAAUUACUGAAUUAAUUGCUAUUUUAUGGUCAGUUAACCAAUGUGAGUUACAAAAAGUAAACGUGUGCUGUUUCCAGCCUAUAGAGGGACAAAGAAACCAGAAAAACUCAUUAUAUUUGGUUUAAAUACACAAGGAUGUCAUUGUUUUUGAGAUCCAGGUAAAUAACACUUGAAAACUGACAUCUUAUGAGCCAUACAGCUCGUUGAUUAAUCAGGUGAAUAAAGUGAUUCAUUAACUCAAAAAUGACAGUAACUCUUGGUCGCAGUCCAGUUCCAAUGGUCUGAUGGGAAUUGAUUUCUCAUUGACCUGUGCAAAGAGCGUCCUGCAGACUCACGGCUGAACAGCAUCAGAGGGGGAAAAACAGCACAACACCAGUCUCUCUCCGUCUCUCCUGGGACAUCAACAUUCACCAGCUAUGUCUCGGCUCUUCUCUCUGACCCUCGUCACCCUCUCCAUCCUCCUCCUCCUCCUCCUCUCCUGCUGCUGCGUCCCCGCUCUGGGCAAGAAGAAGCUCUACAUCGGAGCCCUGUUCCCAAUGAGCGGAGGCUGGCCCGGGGGACAAGCCUGCCUCCCCGCUGCCCAGAUGGCCCUCAGGCUGGUGAAUGAGCGGGCCGACAUCCUGCCGGGCUACGAGCUGGAGCUGAUACACUACGACAGUAGGUGUGAUCCAGGUGAAGCCACCAAGCUCCUCUAUGACCUUCUGUACACGGAGCCCAUUAAAAUCGUGCUGAUGCCCGGCUGCAGCUCUGUGUCCACGCUGGUGGCCGAGGCCGCUCGCAUGUGGAACCUGAUUGUGUUGUCGUACGGCUCCAGUUCCCCGGCAUUGUCCAACCGCCAGCGUUUUCCCACCUUCUUCCGCACUCAUCCAUCCGCCACGCUGCACAACCCCACCCGAGUGCAGCUCUUCCAGAAGUGGAAAUGGACCAAGAUCGCCACCAUUCAGCAAACGACCGAAGUGUUCACCUCAACUCUGGAUGAUCUGGAGGAGAGGGUGAAGGAGGCAGGGAUUGAAAUCAGCGUUCGUCAGAGUUUCCUCACAGAUCCCGCUGUGGCUGUCAAGAAUCUCAAGCGCCAAGACGCCAGAAUUAUUGUUGGCCUCUUCUACGAGACAGAAGCCAGGAAGGUUUUUUGUGAGGUGUACAAGGAGAGGUUGUUUGGGAAGAAGUACGUGUGGUUCCUCAUUGGCUGGUAUGCGGACAACUGGUUCAAGAUCAAGGACCCGUCCAUCAACUGCACCGUGGAGCAGAUGACGGAGGCCGUCGAGGGCCACGUGACCACGGAGAUCGUCAUGCUCAACCCGGAGACUGUGCGCGGCGCCUCCAACCUGACCUCUCAGGAGUUCCUGACCAAGCUCAUGUCCAAACUCGGCGGGAAGAACCCAGAAGAGACGGGCGGUUUCCAGGAGGCCCCUUUGGCCUACGACGCUGUAUGGGCUCUGGCGUUGGCCCUCAACAAGACUGUGGGGCCCCUGAGGGCCAAGGGCUACAGACUGGAAGACUUCAACUACAACAACCGGGACAUCACGGCAGAGAUCUACAAAGCGAUGAACACCAGCUCCUUUGAAGGAGUUUCGGGUCAUGUUGUAUUUGAUGCACAAGGUUCUCGAAUGGCCUGGACUCUCAUUGAACAGCUUCAAGGAGGAAGUUAUAAGAAGAUUGGGUACUACGACAGCACUAAAGGCAACCUGUCCUGGUACGGGAAUGACCAGUGGAUAGGCUCUGGACCUCCUGCAGACCAGACGAUGGUCAUUGAGGAGUUCCGUUACCUGUCGCAGAAGCUCUUUGUGACUGUGUCUGUCUUUGCUGGACUGGGAAUUCUGCUGGGAAUCAUCUGUCUCACCUUCAACAUCUACAACAGCAAUGUCAGGUACAUUCAGAACUCUCAGCCGUACCUGAACAACAUGACUGCACUGGGCUGUAUGAUGGCUCUGGCUGCCAUCUUCCCUCUGGGCAUCGACGGUCUUCACGUCCACAGGAGACAGUUCCCCGUCGUCUGCCAGUUUCGCCUCUGGCUCCUCGGUCUGGGUUUCAGCCUCGCGUACGGCAGCAUGUUCACCAAGAUCUGGUGGGUCCACACUGUGUUUACCAAGAAGGACGAGAAGAAGGACAGGAGGAAGCAUCUGAAACCAUGGAAACUCUAUGCCACUGUCGGCGUUCUGCUCAGCAUCGACAUCCUGUCUCUCCUCAUCUGGCAGAUUGUGGAUCCCCUGCAUAUCACAGUCGAGAAAUUCACCAAAGAAGCGCCCAAAGGAGACCUGGAUGUUUUGAUUCAGCCGUUACUGGAGCACUGCAGUUCCAUAAAGAUGAACACUUGGCUGGGUGUGGUCUAUGGUUAUAAAGGUCUACUGCUGCUGCUCGGCAUCUUCCUGGCCUAUGAGACAAAAUCCAUCUCCACAGAGAAGAUCAAUGACCACCGAGCUGUGGGCAUGGCCAUCUAUAAUGUUGCUGUGCUGUGCAUGAUUACAGCUCCCGUCACGAUGAUCCUGUCCUCGCAGCAGGACGCUUCCUUCGCCUUUGCCUCCCUGGCCAUCGUCUUCUCUGUGUACAUCACGCUGGUUGUUCUGUUUGUUCCGAAGAUGCGGCGUCUGAUCACGCGAGGCGAGUGGCAGUCUGACGCCCAGGAGGCCAUGAAGACCGGCUCGUCCACCAACAACAACGACGAGGAGAAGUCCAGACAGUUAGAGAGGGAAAACAAGGAGCUGGAGAAGAUCAUCCAGGAGAAAGAAGAGCGCGUGUCAGAGCUGAGGAACCAGCUCUGCGAGCGACAGGCCACGCAAUCGCGGAGACGACCGUCCACCAUCACCAAUCAGCACCACAGCCCGCCACUCACCAUCCACCACAGUGACCACCCCAGGGCCCUGGCCCCUCCCCCGGGUUAUUCGGUGCCUCUCGCCUCUGACCCGCACCCGGUCCCUUUGUCUACCUUCGCCAACUCGUCCAGCCUCUACCAGUCGGACGGCAAGAUCAGCCGGAAUAACUGCCACGCCAACCGGCUACAGCUGCUCUACAAGUGAGGUAAUGAGAGAGCAGAGCUGGGAUGGGAGCACAGUUGUGAGGAAAAGUGACUAAAACACUGCUUUGGAUGAUAAAUCAGUGUCAGACGGGAGGAGGAGGCCAGAGGGACUUAUAUCUCCUUUUCUUUAUUUUUCUUUUCUCUCAAAGACGAAAAAAAAAACAAAAAAAACUUUUUUUCAUUAUAAAAAUGUUUGCAUUUGUCAUUCGCCUGUGCUUUAUCAUGUGCCAUAAGGAAACAAGACAAUUAUUGCUCAGUUCUCGUCCCCCUUUUUAGCUGCAGCAAACCUGUAAAGUUCUCCGUCGUAACACUGAGCAUUAGUGAGUUAGUGCGAGCGUCAUACAUGAAGUUACAGGUGGUAAAAAUGAGAAAUUAGCCCGAAGACCGAAACAACGAUUCUUUAACACUAUAUUACUUCUGUAUAUACUGUAGUGAGCGAAUUAGUCAAACAUUACUCUACCUUUUGCCGUUUAGUUUACAUUAUUGGUAUAUCGUAGUUUUCAGGGGCCGUUCACAUGCAGUUUUCCCUAAAAUACUUCUGUUGUUGUUCUUGUUGCUAAGCGACGGAAACCUGGGAGCUGCUGAGAUCAGUACAUUUGCAUUAAUGAACACAUUAGACUAUGUUUUAAAAUAAAACAGCAUGUAUUGACAGCGCCCCUUUUCCCUCCUGUCCUUCACCAACUGAUUCAGAAACUUUUCACUCAAUCAGUCAAUCAAUGUUUAUUGAUUCGCACUGUGAAAUAUCUGCAAGUGCUUCACAUAAAAAGAAAGAAUAAAAAAAACACUCUGUAAAUUAGCAGGAGUAAAGUAGACAAUAGAACAGUCAGGAAGUAAGAUUCAAUAGAAUUAGAAAAUGUACAAUUCAUUAAUUAAAAGAGAGGAAGUGUCACCGUGCGACUGAAUUUUUAAGAUGAGACUCCCAGGUCAGAGGUCAGAGGUCAGAGGUCAGGAGCAGCGACAGCAAAGGAGCGCACACCUCACCGUUUGUGUAAACCCAGUCAUUUUCACAUGUUAAAUAAGGUGAAGCAAGGUCGUUAAUUACUUAUAAAUCUUACUUAAAAUCAACUCCAAUGAGGUUGACAUAAAACAGGUUCGCACCUUAGGGGUGUGUGUGUUACAAAAUCAGCGAGCAGCUGCAUUAUGAAGUUUCAAAAAAAGACCAGUUUGACCGACUUCUUCUUCGUCUUCUUCUUUGGUUCAGGCAUGAAAACAUGUCCUGAAAGUGCCCGAGAUAUUUCAGAUAUCUCACAGAUGCUCAUCGCCCUUUUCCCCCUACGGUCCCGGCUCGCCUCACAUGAAACUGUGGUGACUUCGUUUUACAGGCGACACACACAAACGAGUGACUAGUGACUUGUAAAGCA